GUCAUGUUCGAGGACACGAUGCCAGUUGUGAGUGAGCUCUGACACUGAGACGCAGCAGAUACACAAGUGUUUGGACUAAUUGAUCUUAACUGGAUUUGGGGACAUCAUUGAUGUCUACAUGUUCUACCAAACAUGGCAGAGAGAAAGGACAAUGAGGUGGAGGAGGCAGACCAGAUCUUCCUGCUCAUGAAGGAGGACUAUCGGAUAUCUAGGAAUGUGCGUCUAGCAUGGUUUCUCAAGAAUUUGAAUCAGAUCAUCUGGCCAGCCUCUACAUCUGAAUUGCAAAACUUUGAAAAUGAGUUGGACUUGGCUGCUGUCCACCCAAAGGGAUGGCAGCCAGAUUCCAUCCCAACUACAGCCCCCUGUGUUUUGAUGCCAUCCACCCGGGCAACCUUUCUGGCCCGCAGGUAUCGCUUCAUCAUUGAGCUGGACCUCAGCCCUUCCACAGGGAUUGUGGAUGACAGCACAGGAGAGAUGAUCUUUGAUGAAGUGUUUCAUGCAUUGUCUAAGUGCCUGGCUGGACUGGCUCAACCAUUUAAAGUUCCUGGAACAGAUCAGCUUUUCAAGCCCAAGAUCUUCAUCACCAUUUUGGUUUAUUCAUCAAUAAUUGGUCUCUCUUCUCACCAGGUUUUGGUACAGGGAUGCCAACUUGAUAAAGCAAACCUGAAUGAGUUCCUACAUCAGAUCUAUCAACAGCUCAGAUCUCUGGAGAGCAACACAGCAGAAGUCCUGCAUCAGCAGCAACAACAGUUUGUGGAACCAGGACAAAGCUUAAAUCACCAUAACAACAACUUGGAAGUACAGCCGCAUAGGAAGCAGGGAAUGUCCAUGGUGUCUGCUGAUAUGGGUCUUGUCAGCAUGGUUCGCCAGGGAAUCCUCGCCCUUCAGCUCCUGCCCUCAAAUUCCAGUGCAGGCAUCAUCAUAAUCACUGAUGGGGUGACGAGUGUUCCUGAUGUGGCUGUGUGUGAAACAUUGCUGAACCAGCUCAGAAGUGGAACCAUUGCUUGUUCCUUUGUACAGGUUGGCGGUUCAUACUCAUAUGACUGCAGUUUUGGCUACAUCCCAAACGUAGAACUGAUGAAGUUCAUAUCUUUGGCCACCGUUGGGUCCUAUUUACCCAAUUGCCCUGAAGUUGACCAAAACAGCCAAGAGAUGAAUGCCUACCACAGGGCCUUCCUAACCUACACUUUCCUCAAGACCCCAGAGUCCAUGAACUCUGAGUACUUCUGUGUUUCCCAGGACAAAUUGUUCAAUGAGCACCUAGUGUCAGCCAGUGGUAAUCCAGCCCUGGUCAUGCGGAGGAAGAAGCACACAGAGAAAGAAGUCCAUGCACAUUUAAUAAGUGUGGUUUCAGUGCGACUGAGAGAAGGCUACACCAUCAGAGACAUCAGCCUCACCAAAGGAGGGACACAGCUGGAGGUGAAGUUGGCUCUACUGUGGAAACAUAACAUGCAUAUUGAGUACCUAGCGGCUGCCACUUGGCCUUUGGACUCGUCCAACAGAAGCACUAAGGUGGAGGUGACAAUGGAAGGCAGCUAUGACAUCCUGCAUGAUAUCAGCUGCACACAGCGGAAGCCCAUCACCAGUCCCUACCGCACUUCUGUCAUCCGGCGCUUCUGGAACACACUUCAGAGCAUCAACCAAACUGAUCAGAUGUUGGUGCAUCUGCAGUCAUUCAAUUCAAUCCCCGAGAACUACAGGAUUCCAGAGAGCACCAAAAACGGAGUCCCUUUAUUCUACAUCCCUCCUGGCUCUACAACUCCGGUUUUGUCUUUGCAGCACAGUGGAUCCAAAGACCCAUCUCAGUCCCAGUUUGCGUCAUACUGGAAACCCAUACUCUCUAUGGACACAAACUUUUGGCAACGAUGGUUACACAUGCACCGCAUUGCUAUUAUCCUUGAACAUGACUUGCCUGUUCCCAAACACCUGCACACAGCUGGAAACAAUGGCCGCUAUAGCACCAUCCAGUGUCGGAUCUCACACUCUGCUCUCACAUCCUUGUUGAGGGACUGCAGCAGCUUUGUAUUGGUGGAAGGUUACUCAUAUGUCAAACUCAUAUACAGCUCAUCGGAUCAAAUUCCCACAUCCUUUUAUCUGGUCCGUCUGAUCUCUAAGACACCCUGCAUGGUUCUGCGCCUGGGCUUUCCUAUUGGAACGCCAGCGACCAUUAGGAACAAGAUUGUGGAUGAACUGCGAGAGCAAAUUCUGAAGCUUCGCUUCCCUCACCGUGUUCAGAGCAAAGAAGCAACACCGAAGGCCAAGAGGAAGACAUUGGGCUAUGUGUCUCCAUCUAAAUCUCACUUGGUUCCUGUGGCCAAGCCUGCUCUGUCAGAUAGACCCUGCGUAGUGGUCCUCAAUAAGCCUCUUGAGAAGUUGCUGAUAAGGUAUGAGAAGCUGCCGCAGGACUUCAGGACUCCCUUUAUUUUCAGCAUGGAGAAUUUCCCAGUGCCCUUCAACAGCACUGUGCCCCUCAGUAUGGCAGCCAACCGAACAGCCUCAUCAACCCUGGCCUCUCUAUCACGUUAUUUAUUACACCGGCGGUGGGUGUGGGGAGUACAGAGCAGCCAUGGACCUGCUGUGACCAUGCAGGCUAUCGCUCACAUCCUGUCAAUGCUCUCUGAGAUUCGCCUAUCAGAAGGUUUUCACUUUGCCUCUAGUGGGGAGGGCAUCAUAAACAUGGCGAUUGAGCUGCCAAUGAAGAUCAUGUCAGGCAACAGAGAGCAGGAGAGUCACUCUUGUAUUGUUCAGUACAUUCUGUUUCCACCUCACUCUACCUUUAGCAAGGACAGCUUUUCUACGGAUGAUGACAAUGACACAGAGGUGGAAGCUGUGGACAUGGACACAGAGCUUAACCUGGUGACAGAAUGUUGGGUAGAACCACAGAGUGGCUCGGUGAUGAACUGCAUGGACCAGCAUCGACAUUUCCAGGGCCUCAUAUACCAAGACAUUCCACAAGCCAUUUUCCCAAGGGAUCUAGCAUGCAUGUCCACCAUGAUGACAUUUGAAUAUUUAAAUCAGCUGUGUCAAAAUAAGGACCAGACCUGCUCUCUCCCCACUGCACACAAAGUAGUCCAAGGAGAUGUAACUUUAUCUGAGGACAGCAUCCAAAUGGUUCCCUUCCAGUUUGAUCUUAUCCAACUUCUUCCAAGUUGUCAGCAGGUUGAACUCUUCUUCCUCACAUUCAAUACAGGUGUAGCGAAUGAAGAUCUUAUUCAUAGCACCUCCAGUCCCCCGAAUGAGCUCCUUCUCAGCCUCUUCCACACCAGCCUGGAGCAGGAACUCAGUGACAGAGAGGUCCCGUUAGCUGCAUCUGACUAUUCUGCCUUUGUGAAUCACCUUUUACAGCGAGAGAGAGAUGACCAUGUCCCUCCUUUCUUUUUGUCUCUUAUUAAAGAAGAAUGUGUUAAACCUAUAGAGAGAAAAGACACCAUUGCUGGCAGCAAGGAGAUCUUAGGAUCUACAAGCACUUUACAGAGUUUCAGUAAUGCAGACCUUGUUGAUGAGGAACCUCUGCUGUUAGAAAGAAGCUCAUUCGUACCACAGUGGAGGUGCUAUGCCAAGUACGUUAACUCCCAACAGCUCCUCCUCACAUUCCUUCCUGCCUCCUUUGCAGAUGUUCUAAUGUUGAUGGCAUCAACAUUGGAGACUGAGCCUAGAAGUACUGUCAGUAUGCAAGAGGAUGAUACCUUGACUCCCAGCAAUAAAUCUCAGGCAGACUCCCUGUCAGGUUCCACCAGUGGCCCUGAUAAGUCAGAGUCUGGCUACAACCUGGUCUCUAAGCUGCACAGGAGCUUCAGCUGUGGCAACUUCUCAGGCAAGUCGUCUCUCCUUACAUCUCCAUCUGAGAGCCACACUGGACCUAUAGACUUGCUGCAUGUGGAAUCUGAGAGUUUGGACAGUAGACUGUCAGAGACAGAUACUGGGACACCAUCCUCAGAUCCUGGAGGAAAAGAAGGAGUCCAGUUUUCUGAACCACAGAAGGAGGAUUUGCGCAUCAGUUUCAGCAGGCAGGUUUCCCAACAGAGCACUAGUGACAGUAGUCAUUUAAGGUGUCCAGUUUAUGUCUACAACUGCUCACUGGAGCACCUGAAAGAGCAACUAAUACACCCCAAUUCAAGGUGCCAACCUAAGGACAUCUUUUUCAGGUCAUUAUCUCAAGACCGCAACAGUCCAUCCCCCUGGGCAGACCUCCUGUCUCAGCCUUACAAACAUAAAGAGCUUGCUAAUUACUGCAGCCUGCUCCAAGAACAUUACCACCAGAGUUAUGUUAAAGGUGUGUUUCGUAGCCUGCAGCAAUCCUACAGCAUAAGCUCCCAGGACAUCCUCCUGGCAAUGGAUUACUGUGAAGAGUCGCUGCAGGAGAUCGACGUCACAGCUUUCCUACAAACCCUCUGUGGUCACAUGCGGGUUUUUAAGGAGAGUGGCAAGGCCCAGAGACUGGGAGGAGGUCUAAAACUUUUAAGAAGACCUGCCACCUUUUGUGUUGGAGAGGUUCAGGAGGAGCGAGCAGAGACAUGCAGUAGGUCUGAAAUGGAGGAUUGUUGUGAAGCUGAAUCUAAAGGGAAGGCUUCUCAGUGGAUCCUGGAUGAGUCCAAACUACCGGCAUUCCCUCUGACCCUGCUACGAACACAACCCAAUUGUGAAGUAUAUCCAGAUUUGCACAAAAUCAUUCAGGACAAGUUUCUGAUGAUCCUGUCGCAGUAUUUUAAAAGUGUACCAUCAAACCCAUACUACUACUUCUAUUUCCCUCUGUCAUCCAAGAAAGAGGUGGAGUCUGAGGAUGAUGAGACUGAAAGACAACCUAAUGAAGAGCUGGUUUCAGAGACAGAGCCUACAAGUGAAGAUGAGAAUAUGCCGGGUUGUUGUCUGAUGGAGAGUGACACAGACCUGGUGGUUGAGUAUGAGGACCAUGUAGGCACCAGCUCACAGGAAGAGGGUGAAGAACGCUCCCAAUCCGACUCCAAUACUGUCAACCAUGACCAAGACUCCUUCAGCAUCCUGGAUGGAGAGUCUCUCCUAGAGGCUGAGGGGCCGCAGCUGGACAUGCCACCACUGUUUCUUCACGUCACUUGUUCUGUCAACAUGAACAGCAGCCAUGGUUCUAUGCCUAUUCAGACUCUUCCCACAUGCCUUGGUGAGGUUAUCUCCUGUCUGGAUAACAUGGAGACAUUACAGUCUGUUGAUCUGACUGAACUUUCAGUAACUCUGGAUGUGUUUGUGCUGACUCUGCCCCUGGAAAUUGAAUUCAUGGCUGAUUACCAUCAUAACAGGUACACCUCAGAGAGCAGUGUUUCCCUGAAUCGUUCACCAGGACAGCCAUCUUCCUAUCGCUCUGAUGAGGAGUUAAUGACAGUGUUGGACAAUCUCAGGGGAACUGAUGAUGAAAGGGUUUCUGGUGAUCCUUUAUCCAAAUUUCCGCUUCCUCACAAAUUAGCAAUUCUGGCUACACUUGAUGAGAUCCGCUGGCUGCUGCAGGAUGAGAUUGUUUCUGCUUUGUGUCACUCUCGGGUCAUCAAUUCAGCCACACUGCUGAAAGUCGCAGAGCAUGUUUUACGCUCCAGUGGACGACCACACUGCCACUGUGAAGAUGUUCCGCUUCAGUUUGUCUUUGGACCUGAGCAGUCUCUGGAAAAAUUCAGAGAGGAGUUCUGCAGGUUGUCAUUCUCUGGCUACAUUUUGAAUGUAGUACAGGACAACUUCUACUACAUGUCCCUGAGUAGAAAUCACCCACAGAGAAUCCAGGCCACAAAGAGGUUAUCUGAGACUACCACAACCUCACCACAAGACAACGAUAGGACUCGCAUAGAACCUAUGAUGUUGGAGAGUGAACCGGAGUCUGGAAACAACAAAGAGAGUGAAGACAGGAAGGUCUUCAGUCUUCACACAGAUGCUUAUGGGGACACAACUACUGCCGAAGCCGGAGAAACAGUCCAAGCCAAUAAGCUAGACUCUGAAGAUAUUUCUAGUACAGCAAGGGACCGGAGUCAGCCUAGUCCUCCACAGUCCGAUUCCUGCAAUCCUGAGUCCAGUUCUCCUCCAAAAACAGCAUCCAGUGUCAGCCUGUCUGAUUCUGCUCAGUCAGUCUCUCACAGUUGCAGCAGACUGAGGCCAAGUCGUGUCCAGAGUGUUGUCUCCAGCCAGGGCAGUCUGGACUCAGAUAUGCAGGGUUAUGAUGGCGGCAGCAGUGAUUCUGAGUCUGAGGGUCCUAUCCCUGAUGAUCAGGAGGGUCAGUCACCGUCAAUGCCAGACUUCUGGCUCAUUGUUAACAUCCAUCAGGACAGAGUGACGGUGUACUCUCAUGCCAGAUCCUUGAGUGAAGAAAAAGAGAUUGAUGUGGAGCAGCUAGAAAGGAAAGUCGAUGAACACGAGCUUCCUGAAUUCUUACAACUGCAUCAAACAGUGGUCAGGAGGAUUGGUGAAGUUUGCAGGAUUGUAAAUCAGCGCAUGCUGCUCCAGGACCUGCAUGAUAGCCAUGUAUGUAACACACUGUUGGUGGCAGAAAGUGAGGAGGAUAUCUGGAAGAAUGACUCUCUCUUCAGGCAAAGGCAGAACACCACUGACGACUACAACACAGAGGAGAGCUACCAGGCCAGAGAUUACUUGGCAGCCACCAUGCAAUUUAUCCCUGGGCAUUUUGCAUGUGACGUUGUGUGGAGUACAGUUAUCCACAUCCAUCCACGCCUUAAGAUGGGACCCAACAUGGGAGUGUCCAGGGCAAUCCAGGCCCUUCGCUCUGUUCUGAACUCCUUCUCUGUAGUUAAUAGAAAGAACAUGUUUGUCUACCAGGAGCGCACAACUAAAUCAGUCUUCUACCUCAGACUCUGUGAAACCUCACUAAAAGGCAAGUACUCAGACCUGGAUGGGAACCUUCAUCCAACUCGCUCAAUGGGACUCAUUAGAAGCCAAGAGCCUUUAUAUCCUGAAGACCUAAUGGCCUCCAGAUCUUCUUUGGAAGGCUCUCGGCCAGUAGGACAAGUAGACAAACACAUCCUGCUUCUGGUGCAUGGAGUGAGAAAUGCAGGUCCAGAAAUCACAGAUGAACUGGUCAAGGUGCUUCGGAAGCGCCUGGAUGAAACCACCUUGGACAUCAUAACAGUUAUGCUUGUUAGGAACUGCAAGCUGACUCCUGCUGAUGUGGAGUUUAUCCAGCCAACAGGAUCUCCUCCCACUGGAAUUAUGACCUUCAAUCUUCCAACAUAUUGCCUUCCCUGGCUGCCCACACUGGCUCACUACCUCAGACAGAACCUGCUUAUCUUCCUGCAUAUACCGAAGUACACUGACAGCAUUUCUGUACACCAUUUCAAGCAUUACUUUCAUUUGAGCACUGACUUGGCUGACUCUGAUAUCUACCUCUACAAUAAACCUGGAGGGCAGGGAACAGGAGGCAAAGGCAUUGCCUGCAUUGCUCUUUCAUUUGUAGAUGCUCAAGGUUGCCCCUUUAGGGUUGCAUCUCAUGACUGUCCCUCUAUUCUAAAAUAUGAGCCCUGCUCCAUCCCUCUUCACCCAGAACAUUUUGAGGAGCUGACAACUGUGAUUAAAGCAGAAGCCAUCAACAUAAACCAAAGUUCAGCAGCCCAACUAAACGUGCGCUUUGAUAUUUGGGAACAAGGGAACAUCAGCCCCUUACAGCUGAGUGAUAAACUACAAGGGGCGCUGCGCCAUGCACUCUGUGAUGCCAUCAUGGAACUUAGAGUCUUGCGAAAUCCUCUUUGUCUUGGUGCCACAGAAAGCUCAGACAGAGGUCAGAGAGAAGGAACUAAAGGACAAGGGACAUCUUUGUCUGAGGUGAAAGAAAAGAAGGACAGCCCCAGGCAACGUAGUGGCUCACGGAUCUUUAAAAGCGGCCCUUCUCCAAUCACCUUAAUCCAUUCAGCAGGUGUCAACCCGCUGAUGGGGACCAGCACACCAGAAUCUACUACUCCUACUAAUAAAAUCUCACGCCGGAGCUUUUGGGAUAUUUUGAGUAAACCCGACUCAGCAGAGCUUGGGAGCCCCAAGACAACUGAUGACAUUGUUCAAGAAAAGGGAGAAGAGGGCAGAGCAGCACGGCGAAGACACAAGACGGAGAACGUAAAGCAGCAGUGGAGUCAGGAGAGAGCUGUGGCUGUGGAGCUUGAGCAAGCUCAAAGGAGGCAGGUGUCUCAGUUGGAGGAGGGAGAUGCAGGCACUUUACAUCCUGUCUACCAAGAUACUUGCCAGUCAUGGAUCACGUUUAUGGCCAGACUUGGCUGUCCCUCCAUCCAACAUUGCACAACUGAAAUUGCAUCCAACUUCCUGCUGCCUUCCAUUUUGACAGAGAUUGACAAUUUGGUCAGUUCUUUGGCCAGUGAUACAACAGUGAAAUCAUUUGAAAGGAUGAGCUGCCCCAGAGGAGAUGUGUUUUUUCCAUUCCCUCUUGUCCAGCACCGCAGCCACCCUCCUGACGCUAAAAGAAGUUUCAUUCUCAUUGGGCGAAAUUUCUACCAGUGGCACUGUUGCACAGAGCAAGAAGACAGUUCAGAUGAGGAAAGCUCCACAGGGCUAAAUAGGUUCACACCUCACAAGGGCUUCCAACGGUUUGAGGCUCUGGAGCAGAGUGAUCUGAUAACUCCUGGCCAUCCUGAAGCAGGACAAGCUCCCCGACAGAGAUUCCUGUUCAUCAGCAUUGCAGAGAAAAAGGUGACUUUGUACAGUUAUAACUGGUCUGUGGACCUGGGUGCAUCUCUGAACCGUGAACUGGUACGCCUUGUAAAAUGGCAGAAUGCGAGGGCUCAUGUUGUUCACUGCCUGUUCAACCAAAAGAUGGGCCUCUUCCAUCACUAUUGCUUCUCUGAUCCACCUCUUCAGGAACUGGACUCCAAGCUGGAUCCUAACCCAUUCCUUAGUCCUUCAAUGGAGCCUGAUGCCUUGCUGCGUAGUGCAGUUGCCCCUUUGCCCAGCAAGGAGCAGGGGAGGCUAGGAGGUCCAGGCCGAAGUCUUGCUCCACUUCAUUUCCCCUCUGAGCUACUUCCCUUCGAUGAGGCUCUGAGGGAUGUCUGCACUAUCCGACCCUUGACAGAAGGAGAUGUAGUGGUUCGACAUAGUAACCAGCUCUUGGAGAUGAAGACCGCUGAGCGCAGAGAAAUGGAGAAGCAAAUGAAGAUUGAAAACUUGUUUGUCACUUGGCAGCAGAGAUCAGCACAGUCUAACAUGCCCAUAUCUGGAACAGAUUUGGAGACUCUGAAGCAGUCAUCAAGGCUUGUCCACUACUGUGCCACCCCACUUCUCUUUGACCCUGGCUUCCGUAAGCAAAUUCAAGAGGAACCAACUCAGACUAUUGUAAAGAAACGGCAUCGCUCCAGUGACUCCACAUCGUCAGGUCGUGACCGAAGCUACAGCACUGAUUCAGCCGAUAUGCUUCCAAGCCGAAUAAAAGAGGAGCCAUGGUUGCUUGAGAUUUCUAACAACUUCCUUCAGCAGUACAUCCAGUACCUGCAGAGCAUGGGCUUCAUUCUAGUCCAGGUCCGGCCUCCAUCCCCCGCUCGCAGUAUUGCCAGAGCACGUGCUGCCAUGCUGAGCUCCAUGCCGUUGGAAGGAAGGAUGUCCUUUUCUUAUGUGAAGCAGAAGAGUGAAGACAACCCUAAGACCUCAGGAUCUGGCACGACUUCAUAUCACCUCCAGAGGGCGCUGCCAGGCGGGAUCGUGUUGAUGGAACUGGCUUUUCAGGGGUGUUACUUUUGUGUAAAGCAGUAUGCACUGGAGUGUUCCCGCAUCCCCAUGGGCCAAACAGUCAACUCCCAGGGCACCCACCUCACCAAACUUCGUUGCAAGCCGUUUCCAGAUGCCUCACCAAUAUGUGACUGUGCGCUGUCCAUGCUCUUCACUGAGGAGUGUGAUAAGGUGCGGGACCUGAUGCACGUCCACUCCUUCAGCUAUGACUUUCAUCUGCGUGUGGCUCACCAGUACUUGGUUGGAUGCCACAUGACACUUCGCCAGGGCUACCAGCUUACGGACUUUCUCGAUGACUUCAUCUGCCAUUACCCAGAUAUUCCCAAGUUUGGCCGCAAUCACAUCUUUCAAGGAAGCUUUUCAGUCUCCACGGGGAUAAUAACAGCUCACCAGCUCUACAACUAUAUCACUGAACACACCAGCACUUACGGCAUGAAGCCUCUCCGCAUGUCAAAGACUGCAGUUGCUACUGACAACAAAAAAGGGAUGGCUGACCUCCAUGAGUAUGCACUGGUGGCUCUGUGGAACAGUUCGGGCUCCUACAAGGACCUGGAGGGCCUCCACCACCAUGAUGAUUUUGACGUGUCUCUGGUAGUGUGCCACAAUGCUGUUCCAUUUGAGGAGCAGUCAGAUGGGGAGAGACAUUUGCUAAGGUUGCGAUUCUAUGUAAUCAUGACAAGUCAAAGGGAGCUAUUCCCCCAUCUCACCGCUGAUAUGCGCCGCUUCAAGAAGCUCCCUCAGAUCUACCGUGAUCCAAACGAGCAGGGUAGUCGGCUCCCCCGCGAUCGAGCAGAGAGCACCGGGUCAAGUGGAAAUGGCCAUGAUCUGUGGGAGGAAAGGUCAUCUGAAGCUGCCACUAUCUCAGCCCCUAGCGAUGGCAAUGAAUUUUAUCCUCUGACGGGGGGUGGGCCAGGGUGUCAGGGGCUGGUCUACAGCUCCCCUCUAUUCCCUUUGCUCAACAAUGAGGUGGCUCUGGCUCGCAAACAGAUCCAAGCCAGUGUGGAGCAGGCCAUGGGUCACUGCCGCCGAGAUAACCUGUGGAAGAGGCUGGUCCAUGGAGAUCAUGUGUCCGUAGACAAAUUAAAGCUGGCCAAGCUGUCAUUCACAGAACUGGAGGAGCUGCUGGAGGCUGUUCAGAGCCAUUCAGUGGGGGAUAUUGACCCACAGCUGGAUUAUUUCCUAACCAUGAGUCCAGCAUGGUACCAAAGUCUGAUUAAAGUUCUACUCAGUCGAUUCCCUCAGAGCUGCAGACACUUUGACGAUAAUGGCAUCCAGUAUUUGGCCGUCCUUAACCAGAAGUUCACAGAUUGUUUUGUUUUGGUUUUUCUGGACACCCAAGCAGGAAAAACUAGCUUAAAAGUUGUAUUUCGGGAACCACUGCCGUCCCAGCCUCAGGCCAGCAGCAGCCCACCUCCUCAGCUGGUCUCUAUGUACCACCAUCUGGAAUCUGUCAUCAACACUGCCUGCUAUAACCUCUGGACAGGACUAUUAUAAAACUGACAGCAAAACUCAUGUGCAUAAGUACUUUAUGACAUCAUUCAUAUAUUCUAUUACACCAAGAAAUGCUAGGAAAUAUCAGAGACAUGUGUGUACAUAAGUCCUACUGCCAUAUUGGUGCCAUGAAGUGCCUUUAUCUGUUUUUCUUCUUCUGUUCUUCUAAAUGCCUACAGGGCAGAAUCAAUUGGUUUUGCAUAAUUAAACCUGAUGUAAUGAGUAGGUUUACUAAUCAGUGAGGUAAGAAAAUAUCAGUAUUAGCUUCAGUGACAGUUUGAGUUAUCAGUGAUUUUUCUGUAGUGUGUGAGAAGGAAUGAGUGUGACCUGGUACUCAUCUUACAGUUUCAAGGCUAAGAUGAAGCUAGCCAUAAGUAAGAAGGCUGUCGGACACACUGACCAGUGGGAAAGCAAACAGACCAAAGGAUAACAUUCUCUGCUCUGCCUGAGUCUAUAAAAAUGUGCUGUUAUCACAUUUGUCAUGAGAACCUCACUGUAUUCUAAGCACUGCACUAACUCAUUCAUGUAUAUUGUGUAUAUGUGCAACACGUUAUGCAGAAUUGUAAAAAGGUGAAUUUAGCAAGACAGUGAAGUAAGUAGUAUCUGAACUGGAGAACAUUUUUUAGUUGGUUAUUGUUAAUUGUUCAAAAUAAAAUAAAAGAUUUAGCUUCUAAAAA